UUCUCGCGAGGAUUACCGAGAUCUGACUCCAAUUUUCCGGCGAUCUCCAUUCCUAAUCAGUUCCACUUGUCGCUUGUGAUAAAUUUCGAGGAGAAUUUUUGCUGACUCCCUGUGCUGUGUUGUGCUGAGAUAAUAUGAUUGUCCACAUUUGCUCCCUUAUUCGAUUUGUCUUUUUGAUCCCCAACUCGUUCGCUGUCUCUUGGGAGAUUUGUGCUCUCAUCUACGAUACCACAGCAGUCUGUGCCUCUUCCCUCUAGUGCUGGGCGGCUAGGUUCGCGAUUAUUGAAAGCUAGGAAUCGUAGGAUUCAACUCCGAACCCAAUUACUUACUUUCUAAUGAUAUAAUUUCUUCAGGUGGUUACCUGUUUGGCUCAAAACAUCUUCAAGAUUUGGGAUGACCUUGAUUUCGGAAGAUUACAAACCAUCAACUUUUAUUUUUUUUAAAUAAAUUGAUUUUAGAGAUUGAAGUAGCUGAUAACUGUUGGUUUACGUAAAAAGGAGUCGGAACUUUUCUUCUGCAUUAAUCAAUCGUGGGAAUCGGUUCUGGAAUGGAUUCUUCGCCCAGCUCUACUUCCCUCCCUUUUUCAGACCACAUAUUCUUUCUUGCAAGAAGAAUGGGGAAUCAAAUUUCAAGUGGAUGUAAAACUAGGGUAGGAGGAGUAAAAACGGUUAAUCUCCUCUGGCAAUGACUACCCAAAGAAACAAGGAAAUAAAGAAACAGCAAAAUUGUUGAAACGGCAAGAAUAUAUCUAAAGAGCCAGGUCGCUGCAACCUCCGCCAUGUUGUGAGCACACGUCCUUGACCUAAAAUAUCAGACGCCAUAUUUGACCGUUGCCAUGGGUCGAAGGAAAGUCGUAACCAUCGCAUUCCUGAUUGGCCUCACCUUAGUCAACAUAUUGUUAGCCAGGUUUGUUAUUCGGCCUCUAAGGACACGUCAGUCAGAACUGCUGAACAGACUGAAAACUCCUGUUGCCCCAGCAACGUCCAAGAAACAAGUUCUGGUUGUUCAGGAUAUACAUCCGAUCAAACAUCUUGAGGAAGCGGGAGCCAUUCCAAAACAAACGUUGGACCAAUUGUCGGAGCCUGCCAACUCGGAACAUCAUAAUCAAAACGUUGCUCAAAACUCCCCCAAAGACCCAACCUUCUCAGAUUUGAAUAACGCUGCAGCAGGGGACCCAGACAACCUGGGCAACUUGCCCCUGGAUGAGCUAGACAAUGCCGGACUCCAGAACUUGAAAUGGAAUUUAGAGCAGCUUAAAAUGGCCCUGAAUAAAAAGAAAUCUGAAUCUCAAAAGGAAGAAAGUCAGUAUAAACCAGACGAGAGUGGUGUGUUCUUUUCUGAAGGACAUAAACAAGAGAAGAGUCCGACAGAAUUUUUUGAAAAUGGAAAAUCCAUUUUACAAAUUAUGAAAAUUUAUCCUAAGGCACCCGAGGAAGCUGCUCAACUUGAAUAUCAGCCUCAGUCGUUCUCACAUUCCCCUGCCAAAGGGAAAGACAGUGUGUUCAGGAAUACAGCGGGUUUAUUUGAACGCUUGAAGAAAGAGCAAACUGUGCAGUUGAAUCUAAAUAACAGCGACGAUACUCAAAACCAAGACCAGCCCCUGGAAAAUCCGAGCAACGUUCCAACUUUAGAACCAUUCGACCAACCUGAGCAAAAAUUGAAACAGCUGCAAAGCGAAGUUUCCAGUCUAAAAGUAGAGAGUAACGUGAUCCUUCAAAAGAUGUUGAAGAAUCUUGUUCAGGAAAAUCUGGUGGAUGCAAAUACGGAGGAUGGAAAAGUUUUGAUGAACCUACAUCGUAACCUGGAAAAGGGCUUGUUGACUUUUCCAGGGAUGUUGAGUGAGUCUCUGCCCACUGAUAAUGGCGGUCAACAACUCUCUGGACUGGUCAACGGAGGUCAGGUGUUGCCGGGAAGCACAGAUUUGUAGCUGAAUUAUCUGUAUUUGGAGACGGUAUCAAUAACUGUUUGCAUGAUUCAGUGUGUGUGAGUGGGGCUGGGUGAUUAUGUGCAUAUGGGUGAGUGUAAGCAUGUGUGUGUUUUUGUUUGUUUGUGUGUGUGUGUGAGUGUGUUUGAAUGUGGGUGUGAGAGUG